UGUAUACUUUUUAAUUGUGAGCUACUGUUUUAGAUACAGGAAAGAAAGAUGUAUGGAGUGUACUUGAUUCACGUGGCGAUAUGCAUUUGUUUCAUGGACGGUAUUGAUGGACAGCCUUUGUAUGAAGACAAAUGUCAUGUCGAUGAGAUGUCCCGACCUUGUAACGAAGCUUACAGCAAUGUUUGUGUAAAAAACAACCCUUGUGACAACGGCGCAUCAUGUGGACUCACACCUGAAGGCUACAUCUGUAAGUGUCCUGCCGGCUGGCAAGGUGACCAUAGUGAUGAAGAUAUCAACAAGUGCGAUGGAAAUCCAUGUAAGAACGGAGGGACUUGCAAUAACAACAAGGUAGCCUUCACCUGUUCGUGCGCUGUUGGAUGGACAGGAACGUUCUGUGAAGUGGAAUCUGCCGCACGAUGUCCUAUUGGCUGGGACCACCAUGGGAACUCUUGCUACUUAUUUUCCAAAGACACCCAGUCUUGGAACAAUUCAUCGGACAGCUGUGCUUCAGUUGGUGCGAGUUUGGUAGCCAUUGAGUCUCAGACUGAGCAGACUUUCAUACAGAAUAGACUGCGUCAUGAAUUUGCAAGUUUUAUGUGGUGGCUUGGUGGCAACGACCAGUUUGUAUCUACUGAUCAGACUUGGUACUGGGUUCAAACGGAAAAAAAAAUAAACAGUGGAUAUACGGACUGGCACCGCAAAGAACCAGAUAAUCCGGGACAACAGCAUUGUCUUGCGAUGAGAAAGGACUUUAACUACCAAUGGUGUGAUGACUAUUGUCCCGAGUUACACGCCUAUAUAUGCGAGAUGACUCUUGGAGAUUUGGACUUCAUAGGAUGAAUGUGAAGAUGUAAUACCCGCGCUUGACAGUUUUUCACUAUUAUAUCAUUACUAGUCUGA